CAGUCUUGACUUUUUCUCCUUCAGUAUGGGACAGCAGGCCAACCUUAACUCCGCCCCCCUCUUGUUCCUCCUCUCCCUGUGCUGGGCUCAGAGGGAGGGGCCGACCUGUGACCGCUGUGACCUGCGAUUCUCCUGUGACUGCUCCCGCGGUGGGUUUGUCCGUGUUCCUGCGGUUACAGACCGUGCAGUUUCUCUGGAUCUAUCCUUCAACAACAUCACCUCGGUCGCCAAAGACGACCUGAGAGGCCACACCCACCUGAAGGCUCUGCUUCUUCAUGGUAACGGACUGGCUGAGAUCCACACAUCAGCGAUGGACUCCCUUAAGAACUUGGAGGACCUCGACCUGUCGGACAAUCAGCUCACGUUCCUGAAGCGCCAAUGGUUCAGCGAGCUCGGCUCUCUGCGGCGGCUGAACGUGCUCAACAACCCGUACAGCUGCGUGGGCUCAGUGCCAGUGUUUGAGCGGCUGCUCGGGCUGAGGUGGCUGGGGUUCGGAGGCCCUGCUCUGGUCGAGAUAAAGAGAGGAGUUCUGUGGGGAGUCACACAGCUGGAGGAACUUGUUGUCCACGCCAACAACCUGACCAGGUACGAGUCUGGGGCUCUUGCGUAUGUUUGGCCGUUGGGUCACGUCACUUUGAGCCUCCGGGGACCGUUUCUAACAAAUGCAGCUUUGGCCUCGACUGUGCUCGCUGACGUCACGUACCCAGAGACGCCCAUCGUCCUGGUGGACCUCCAUCUGCUCGGGAGUGAGGCUGUUCAGCCAUUAAGAGAGGCGGCGAAAAGGAGGGUCAGGCACAUGACCUUCCGUAACCUUUUUGUUACUGAUAAGGCCAUAGUCGACCUCCUGGAGGUUUUGGACGGAGUUCCAGUCUCCACCUUGUCCAUGGAUGGCGUCACACUGUCCGGAGUGGGCAGGUGGGAGAAAGCAAACUGGACCGAUCAAAGAAGCAUAGACAGGUUCUUCUUACGAGACAUUGUGGUGUUGGAGGUCUAUAAGUUUGUGUCGUUCCUGCAGCUGGGGUUUCUGCUGCAGUACCCCAAGAUGGUGUCCGUCAUAAACGCCAGGGCGUUUGUGAUUCCAUGUGCCACCACUGGCCUUUUCAUGAACCUGCAGUACCUGGACCUGUCUGACAACCUGCUGACGGACCUGACCUUGACUGAGACUCUGUGCGAUGGAAAUGGCACACUUAAGGACCUCCGCGUUUUAAACAUCAGCGGAAAUACUCUCAAGUCUUUGUCCACAUUGAGUCGACUGGUGGCAAAACUUCACAAACUGACCCACUUGGACAUCAGCAGGACCCACUACAGCUUCAUGCCCCAGAGCUGCUCCUGGCCCUCCACCCUGUGGCACCUCAACAUCUCUGGAGCUAAACUCACGACUGUCACCCCCUGUCUACCAACAACUCUGCAGGUGUUGGAUCUGAGCAACAAUGAUCUCCAAGGCUUCACCAUGGCCCUGCCCACCCUGAGAGAGCUCCACCUGUCUGGGAAUAAGUUUCUAAAGCUGCCUGUGGGAAGUUUGUUCCCCAGUCUUCAAACACUGACCAUACAGUCGAACACCUUGAACAUGUUCAGCCGUUCAGACCUCCAGUCGUACCGACGACUCCAGAACCUCCAAGCCGGUCACAACAAGUUUGUCUGCUCCUGCGACUUUGUCCCCUUCAUCCAGUCGAGCAUUAAAGGAGAUGAAGGUGUGCAUUUAACAGACGAGGAGGAGGGCUACGUCUGUGACGCUCCUCUCUACCUGCAGGGGCAGGCGGUGGGUCACGUCCACUUGUCUGUCGUUGAAUGCCACAGGGUUUUGUUUGUGCUGGUGUGCUGCGGUGUGCUGUUGUUUGUUGGGAUUCUGGUCAUCGUCCUGCUGUGGCGCCUUCAUGCCUUCUGGUACCUCGGGAUGAUGUGGGCGUGGCUGAGGGCCAAGCGCAGCUCCCGUCAGCGGCGACUCCGAGAUGCAGCAGGUUCAGAAGCGCUGCUGUCCUUUGAUGCAUUUGUUUCCUACAGUGAAAGAGAUGCUGGCUGGGUAGAAUCCUUUCUGGUACCUGAGCUGGAGGAGUCAGGAGAGACCGAUGACGACUCUCCGCCUCUGACCCUGUGUCUCCACAAGCGGGACUUCCUCCCCGGGCGGUGGAUUGCAGACAACAUCAUGAGCGCCAUCGAACGCAGCAGGCAGACAGUCUUCGUCCUGUCCGAGAAUUUUGUCAAGUCCGAGUGGUGUCGCUACGAGCUGGACUUCUCCCAUUUCUGGCUUUUCGAUGGGAACACCAGUGGCCAGCCGGCCAUCUUGAUCCUGCUGGAGCCGCUGCCAAAGGACAACAUCCCCAAACGUUUCUGCAAACUCCGCAAACUCAUGUGCUCGACCACGUACCUGGAGUGGCCUCAGGAUGACGAGAGGAGGGGGGAGUUCUGGAGAAGUCUCCGAAGCGUUUUGAGAGGAAGAGGACAGGAUGACUGAAAAAGACAACGUGAUGGAGGAUGAAAACAAGAGGAAGGAAGAGAGGGAGAAACAAAAGCAGCUUCAGAAACAUUGGAGGAAAGAAAAGACUAAGACAGAAGGAUGAAGGUUUAACUUAAAUUGAUAGUUAAUGUUUUUUAAGGAGUGGUGGUAUGAGGUAUGGACACAGUUUCGAUUGAGUCAUGAGCGCCCCCAUGUGCCGAGAACAUGCUGAAGUAAAGCAGGCACGGGUGGGUAAAACCGCUCACUCUCCCACACCAAAGAUCACAGCACACAGUGUUUGUUGAUCCACUGCUGCCUCCAUCACUAAAUCCAAAUGUCUUAUUUUGUCACUUUUUGGCAUUUUAAAUCCCUUAUUUAUAUUCACCACAAUGACACAAACUGACCACAUGAGGGAGCAGUAGACCAGCAUUUCCUGUGUCUCCGUGAGCUAAAAUCACUGACUUACUCUUUGGUGUGGGAGCUUUCAGCUACUGGAUGGUGCUCUCAAUCACAGCAUGGGCCCAGCAUGAAUUAUAUUAGUAGAGUUUAGAUACUGUAAAGAUUUCUUUAGUAUGCUUAUCUCUUUCUUAACAGAGUGAAUAUGAAAAAAUGGCUCAAAAAUAAGUAAAUAUAAAUUAAUUUAUUAAUAAA